AUGGCCUCGAACACCGAUGCUAGUAAUGAACAAAAUGAGGGCUCGGAUCUUAUUACAUCACCUUGGGGAGUCGUAGAAUCAGAUCCUUAUGUUUUUACCUCUAUGAUUCAAAGACUGGGCGCAUUAGAUCUCCAGACAGAAGAAUUAAUGUCUCUUGACGCCUUAGAAACGACGACCAGUCCACCGCUUGGCCUAAUACUGUGCUUCACGUGGACAGAAGACUCUUAUAACUGGGAAGACUACGAUAACGAGGAUCUAGAUCCAUCUGCUCUUCCAUGGUUUGCCACACAGCUCAGUCACAACUCCUGUGCAACCCUGGCCAUCCUCAAUGUUCUUUUGAACUGUGAUACAGAUCUUGGACCAAUGCUCUCCCAGCUAAAGGAGUUUUCGGGUGAUAUGGAGCCUGUGAUGCGUGGUCUUUGUAUCACAAGCUCAAAGGAGCUACGUGAUAUCCAUAAUUCCUUUUCUCGACCUGCGGAUAUUCGAGCUAGCCUCGUCAAGACUGUUGAAGAAGUGCUCGAUCACCACAAAUCUCAGUCAAUCACUAAGCGGAAAGGCAAGAAAAAGAAGGAAAGAUACGUCGUCGAGUCACCCGAUGCAUACCACUUUCUUUCCUAUGUGCCACACGGUACUCGAGUCUGGGAGAUGGACGGACUGAAGCGUGCCCCUCUUGAUGCUUCCAGCUCUACGAAGUCGUAUAGAGGCACUUUCAAAGUCGGGGACAUACGAUUCACUCUUCUUGCCAUCAAGCCAUCAGCCUACACUGUCGCAAUCGAAGAAUUCGAGCUCGUGAAGCGACAAAUCGGUGCCCUUGAACGCCGCCUCGUACAAACUCACGGUGAACACUGGAUUCAAAUGGUCGCACCGUCCGCUAUGUUUUCGAGGCAAACUGCCUUUUCCAGAGCAUGGAACCCUCGAAUCAGGGUUGGUUUCGCAUCCCGAGCAAAUGAUGCCGCCAUGCAGAUCUUGAAAAUGAGCCCUGAGACCUUGCUUGAUGAGUGGGCAGGCGCCAUCGGCCGAUUAAAAUCUUGGGAGUCCAAUGUCCAGGAAGUUAUCGACCGAGAUAUGGUUGAGACAACGGAGCAUAUUAGCAGGACGCACGACUAUGAUCCCUUCAUUCAACAAUACGUAUCAGUAGUGUACAAUAUGGGGAUUCUUCAAGAUCUUCUCGAGGUGGAUGGACUUGCAGUCGCAUGCAUCUGGAAGAAGAGAGAACUGGAAUGCGACAUGAUUCGUAUUGCUAGAGCCAUCACUGGAAGAAGUCCGGCUCAGCGUCGUCACCCUGCCACCUAUCCCAAAAGAGACCGAUACGGCCACUUUGAUGAUGCCGAAGUUCUUUUCACGGGUAUCAAAGAUCUGUGUACUGUUUUUCCUACCUUUUUGCUUCUAACAGAUACGAUGCAAACACGCCGUCGGACCUUGUCUGAACCCACGAUCAUAAUGCUCUUGCAUCUGUUUCUCGCCCUCUCCGUCAGUACUCUGGUGAAAGGGACUCUGCAGAUUAUACCUGGUGCUACCUGGACCGCCAAAGGCUCUAACGCGCACAUCCAAGCUCACGGAGGAAGCAUUACCAAGGUCGGAAAUGUCUAUUAUCUCAUUGGGGAAAAUAAACUAAAUGCUCGUCCCAUCUCAGCCUUCACCCAAGGCGACUAA